UGCAUUUCUAAGUAGGGAACAGGGGUAGCGUGGGACAAAAAAAAUGGCCGAUGUGCAUUCACCAGAACCCCAGAGACACCAGGUCGAGUCGCUCAGCUGCUUGGAAGAUGACCCGAGGGAUAUGGCAGAGAAACACGAGGAAGGGUGUUCAUCGAGUCCGCCUGGUUUUGCCGUCGGUCAUGACGACAGUAGUAACAAGAACGAACGCAAUUCUGAAAGUAAAGUAUCUGGUGAUGGUGUGGCAGGGUUGCGCGGUAGUCAGACUGAAAUUAGCAUUGCCCACCAGACAAAUAAUGCUACAAUGGUACCCAAUCUUGUGAUUGACUUAACAGCGUCCGAACAUGAGGCCCACACGCACCCCGUCGUUUCCUGUGAUAACCAGCGGGAAUUUGAAUGGUCCGAGGCGGAGGAAGAGUCGGAACUACACAGAGAUGCAGUGGAGUACGAUGAGAACAACGUGCCAGAGAUGGGGGUGGACGUCUCACCCAAACUAAUUGACAAUGGAGUGGAAUCAAGCCCUGGAGGGGAGGAGGUGGAAGCUGCCAAGCCUUCUUCGCCAUCCCAGGACAGGGAGAAAAAGGUAAAGGGCACGGACAAGGAACUGGGAGAGAAGGAGGGAGGGACGGCGAAAGCCGAGGCGCCGGUGAAACAGAAGAAGAGCCGGCUGAUAUGCCGGGAGUGCGGCAAGCUGUUUACGCGCCGCGAGACGUUCAACCUGCACCGGCACUUCCACACGCACCAGGACGAGCUGGCCUCCCUCACCUGCAAGGAGUGCGGCCUCACCUUCCAGCACCGCAGCAGCCUGAUCAAGCACCGCAGCGAGCACAAAGAGAAGAGCGCGCCCGUCAUUUUGGAGAAGAGGGUCCACGGCAGGGAAGGGAGGAGCCUGCAGUGCGCGCACUGCGGGGAGACGUUCCGCACGCUGGUCAAGCUGAGGUGCCACGCUUGCCGGCUGGCCCCGGAGAAGCCCUACCGCUGCCCGCUGUGCCGCAGGGAGUUCCAGUACAAGGUGUCGAUCAACGCCCACAUGCAGACGCACUCCCUGGAGAGUCCCUUCCGCUGCCAGGAGUGCAACAAGGGCUUCCAGUGCGCCAAGACCCUCCGCGUGCACCAGCGGUCCCAUGCCGCCCUCAAGCCCUUCGAAUGCCCCGAAUGCGGCCUGGUCUUCCGCCAUCGCUCCAUCAUGGAGGACCACCGGCGCAAGCACUCGGCGGGGGGGCGGCCCCACCAGUGCGGCAUCUGCGGCAAGCGGUUCAAGUUCAGCAGCCUCCUGCACCAGCACCAGUUCCUGCACACGGGACAGAAGCCCUUCCAGUGCCCUGACUGCGGCAAGAAGUUCGCCUUCGCGCAGAACAUGCGGGCGCAUUGGCGGCAGCACCGCAAGCUGGUGCACGCCUGUCCGCGCUGUCCUGUCACUUUCCCGGACCAGAGCGGCCUGAAGGUGCACAUGCAGAGCCAUCGGGCUUCAGAGGAGGGCCUGGCAGGGGCGGUCCAAGUGAACGCAGAUAGCGGCAAGGUUCGAGAACGGUCCCACACUUGUCCCCUCUGCCCCCUCGUCUUGCCUGACCUGGCCGGCCUAAAGGCGCACAUACUGGUCCACGAGGCGGAGGAGAGGUUUGGAGGGUCGGAGAGGGUAAGCAUGAACAAUGGUGAAAGUCAAGAGCGCCCCCUCACCUGCCCCCACUGUCCCCUGGUCUUGCCUGACCAGAACAGCCUGCAGGCUCACGUUGUGAUCCAUGAGGUACCAACGGAGGAAGACGGUGUGGUGCUGAGGGUAGGUCGAAAGCCAGGCCCCAAAAACGUACAGGAAGUACCCGGGGGAGGGUUGAGCGGGGACCAUGCAAACCGUAAGCCCCUGAAGUGCCCAGAGUGCGGCAAGACCUUCCGGCACCGUUCCGUUCUGGAGCUGCACAUGCGCAUUCACUCCAGAGACAAGCCCUUCCAGUGCAAAGUGUGCGGGAAAUCCUUCAAAUUCAGCAGCUACCUGCAACAGCAUCUGAUCAUCCACACAGGCCAGAAGCCCUUCAAGUGCCCGGACUGCGGCAAGGACUUUGCCUUCCUCCAGAACAUGAAGACCCACCAGAGGCUGCACCAGCAGAAGCCGUAUCGCUGCACCCAGUGCCGCAAGGGCUACAGCGAGGAGAGCGAGCUCCAGCGCCACAUGGUCUCCCACACCGGUGACAAGCCGCACAAGUGCCAGCUGUGCAACAAGAGCUUCGGGCUGGCCUACCUGCUGCGUGACCACCUCAACACCCACACUGGGGAGCGGCCCCACCGCUGCCUGGAGUGCAACAAGUCCUUCCCCUGGCUGAGCAGCCUGCUGGUGCACCAGAAGAUCCACGCCCGCAAACGGCAGGGGCUCAGCCAGCCUCUCUCCCUCCCGAUGGCGGCCCAGAGGGGCAGGGGUCGGGCCAGGGGCGGCAGGGGCCGGAGAGGGGGUAGGUGGGCAUCUGCCUGGCCCAGGUGGGGUGGAGGAGAGGGCGCGGGUAUGCCGCCUUCGCCGUCUUAUCCGGUUGCCGUGGCGAGAGAGCCAGAGUGGCCGGGAAGGCUGGCUCAGCAGCCGCCCGCGAUCUACGCCUCGCAGUUCAAUUUCCAAGAGCAGUGGCAGCAGCACCAGACACAGCAGCAGUGGAGGUCAGAGGUUUUGGUCCAGCAGCAGCAGCAGCAGCAACAACAACAACAACAACAGCAGCAGCAGCAACAGCAGCAGCAGCAGCAGCAGUGGAGAUCAGAGGUGUUGGCCCAGCAACAGCAGCAGCAACACCAACAACAGCAGCAGCAACAACAGCAGCAGCAGUGGAGAACAGAGGUUUUGGUCCAGCAGCAGCAGCACCACCAGCAGCAGCAACAGCAGUGGAGAUCAGAGGUUUUGGUCCAGCAGAAGCAGCAGCAGCAGCCCCUGAGUUGGGCAGAUGUGCCCACGUCAACCCAGGUGGGCCGGGCCAGCAUUCAGUACGGUUCCCCUCUCCCUCCGCAUGUGGACGUUGCCAGCUUGUGGGGCUUCCAAACAACUGCGUCUGUACCCCGCACCCUGAGCUCGCCUGCAAAAUCUGGGGAGGGACUUGAGCAGAAGCAGCAGCAGGCGCCCGCGCUGGGCUGGGCGGAUGGAGCCUCGGCAGUGCCGAUGGGCGUGGUUCAGCGGGAGUCCUCCCGUUCCCACAUUGGCAACGGGCCUGCCGUGUGGGGCUUCCAGACACCCCCGUCUGUGCCCCAGACCGUCGGUUCACCCAAAAAACCCGGGAACGGGCAGGACCAGCAGCAGUCUGCAGUGUGGACUAGUGCGCCCGCUCCAGCGAAGAUGGUCCCGAGUUCGGUCCAGUACGAGGAGGCCCAUCCCAGACGAGGGAACGGAGGUGCUAAGUUUGGAUUUCAGCCUUCUCUAGACGGCCCAAAGGCCCUGAGUUCUCCAAGUAAGUUUGGGGAGGCGCAAGACCAGCAGCAGCAGAAAGCGCAACAGCCAAUGAUGGCUAAUCUCCAAGCCCAACCAGAUCAGACCACCCCUGUUCUCUCACUGCCCCCACCCCCCGCUCCUCCUCCUCCUCCUCAACACCAUGCUUUACCUUCUUCUCCCUCAGUUUCCUUAGCCCUUCCACAGACUCUCUCUUUACCCGCCUUGCAAACCCUCGCUCUCCCUCCCCCUAUUUCUCUGUCUCUUUCUCUUCCCCCUCCUCCUCCUCCUCUUCCUCCUCCUCCUCCUCCUCAGUCCCUGCCCUUACCGCCCACUCAGCCCCACCGUCCUGACGGCAGCGGCGCCGGCUCGCUCCCUCCCUCCGCCCAGAACAACUACCUCGCGCAGAAGCGCAUGAUUUGCGAGAGGCUGCCCUGCCCCCCGGCCUUGCCGCCGCUGCAGCCUGCGCCGCUGGCCAAAGUGCACCAGGCCGACGGCGGCCGGCCCCUGCCAUUCGCCCGCAACCCCCUCCUCCAGUGCAUGAUCUGCGGACGCUCUCUGCCUCGGGAGCUGGACUUGCACUUGCACUACAUGCAGCACGCGCAGGGGGAGAUUUAACGCCCCUCCCACCUGCGAAGCUCGCGGGCACGCAUCGAUAAGUAUUGCUUCCUUACUGUAACGGUCAUUUCAACUGCCUCUCUCGUUGUUCUCUCUUUGCUUCAGCCAAAUAAAUAUCGGACACAGGUCGCUCAGCUGUUGUCAAGCUGCUACAGAGUAUCAAGUCUAAAAUGCACUUGGUGGAUUUAUCAGUAAUUUUCAUGGAAUUUGUAAAUGCUGGAACAUUGCUGUAACUUUAUUGGUGGGAAGUCAUGCAACCACAAGAAAGCAUGCAGCAUGUGCUAUAGGUUUUAUACCUUAAUGCAUAGAGCUAUAUAGUGUGUGGGCUGGAAAUGUACCUGCAUACAUACGUCGUUUUAAGUGAUGACUUUCAGUGAGAGGACUUCAAAAUCAGUUUUGGCGAUUGGAACUCAGUUUUGAUGCUUGUCAUGUUCAAACUUUUUUUUUUAUUAUUAACAAAUACACUUACAUUUCAUAGGAUUUGUUGAAAUGUCUUCAUUGAACUGGCCUUUGAAAUGAUGUCAAAUGAAGUUGAUGAUGCCACACAGUUUGGUGCCUGUGGCUUGUAUGCGUCAGGUUGUUCGCUAGUCUAUUUUUGGUUUCCUAAGUAUUGUUUUUACUGUUGCUUAUUUAAAAUGCAAUGAUUUUCAGUGUCAUUUAAAUCCAUUCCAUCCAUUGGGCUAUUUUUUUGUCUCAUUUCAGUGGUAAAUUGUCCCCAAUCAAUGCAGCCUUCCAAGAAGCUUGCAUGGGCAGUCUCGUUUUGGAAUAGUAACACCUCAUUGAAUAUUAAUUUUUCUUUCUUUCUUUAAAAAAAUUUUUUUUUAAAGAACAUUUGCAGUGUUGAAUUACAGACGGUGCGUCAUAUUAGGCGGACAAUGCCUUUUAGGGACUGUGAUUGCAGGGGCCAGUGAAGUGUCUGGAAAGACCUGCUUGUGCUUUACUACUUUAUUUACAAUGACUAUGUGAUUUCUUUUCAAAGUAUAAAAGAAUUUUGUUUCAACUGAGCUGUUGCUCCACGAGAAAGUCCGUAACACUGCAAAGUGGCAAACAGUCCACCUCCGAUAUUCAAAAGAACUUUAUACAUAUGUACAUUUUUUUUAAGAGAAUUUAUUUGUAAUCUCUUAAGUCAGAAUAUGUGAAGCACCACCAUUUUAGGUUUGGUGUGUGUUGAUGUGUGCUUGAGGAUUCAGAAUUUUGUGUAGAGGCCCGAUUGCAGCGAACAAAUAAUUUUGGUCACUGUUAAUGUAGACCUAAGGCUUAACUCAUUACUCCCAUUGGUACUUAGGAUGCAUCAGAACAGGAGUUUGGCGCAUGCUUGAUUUAUUGUGGUCUUCUGAACAUCUGAUCUCUGUUUUUGAGGCCAUUCAUAAAAUGGGAAUUUCCAAGGAAAUAAAGCAGAACGAUUCAGUCUUUAACUUUGACAUUUGAAGAAAUCUGGUCAAUAUACACUAGUGCAGUUAUAUUUAAAGGUUGGUCAUAAUAGUAAAUCAUUUAACAAUAUGUUUCUUUUAUAAGUGAGAAUACAGAUGAUACUUUUUAGUACUGUUCCUCUGUGGGGGGGGGGGGGGGAACAAAACAUCAGUGUUGAUUCUCUGUUGCACAUGGCAUGUGAUGAUUUCUUCUGUCGUGUGUUGCAAUAAAUCUCAAGUGCCUAUGAAGGCCUCUGGAUGCAGGAAAAGUACUUGCUGUGGAAGCAAUGCUGUAACAAUCUGUCAUUUUUUAGUUUUCUUGGCCCUGUCCGUUCCAUUACAAAGCGGGCACAAGCAAAACGUUCAGGAAAGUGAAAAGAAAAUAUUCUAAGAUUAUUAAAAAGGUGGAAAUGCAAAGGAAAUAAGUAACUGUCCAAAAUGUAUCUUAAUGGUAAAACUGUUCAGUAAAAUGCUUUUGCCAACA